UUUUCUGUCAUUAGUCGACAAAUAAUGUAAACCAGUUUCCCACCCAGCUCCCGCUGGUGUUGCGUCUGCGCCACAGCCAGCACUGUGGUCGCUUGUGUGUGCGAGGGGGGUUCAUUUUCCCGAGCUGCUUCACGAAUAAUUGCACAAUCCUCUGGCAUUUAUUAUUUUCUGGGUAGUGAAACCACCGAUUAAGGAGCGAGUGGCGUUUUCUGAAAUGAGAGGUGUGGUUUUGGAUGGAGAUGCUCCGUCUGCUCCCGCUGGGAUCCCCACCUGCCCUCCUCACACCACCGCCGGCUGGCGUUUCCCUGGGCUGCAAGCACAUGUCUGAUUAGUUUUUGUUAGUUACUACUACAGAGGAUAGGCCUGCUGACUUUUUUCUUUUUUUUUUUUUUUUUUGGUCCUGGUUGCUGUGGGGACGGCGGUGGGAUCAGCAGCGAGCAGCCUCGGCGCAGAUAAACAGGGCGGACGGCGCGUCUCUCGGCCUGCAGAGACUCCGGUUCAUGACGAGUGCCGCACUUCGUGCCCGCGGUGAUUCCCAGGGAUGGAGAAUACACGCCAUGCACUGAAAACAGUUCUUCUGCUGGCGUCUGUUUUACUUUUAGUGCACAGCAAGAGAGCCAGGCAGCCUCGCUGCCCCUUAUCAUGUACAUGUACCAAAGAUAACGCGCUGUGCGAGAGCGCAGGAUCGAUCCCUCGCAGCUUUCCCCCCGACGUCACAUCACUAUCAUUUGUCAAGUCGGAAUUCACCGAAAUCCCCAAAGAGAGCUUCAUCCACACGCCUGCCCUGCACCUCCUCCUCUUCACAGCCAACAACCUGGAGUCUAUAAACGAAGAUGCUUUCCUUGGUCUUCCUCAUCUAGAGUACCUAUUCAUAGAAAACAAUCAAAUCAAGUCUAUUUCACCAAAUGCUUUCCGUGGACUCAAAACCUUAGUCCAUCUGAGUCUGGCUUACAAUAAUCUGGAGACUCUGCCGAAAGAUGUGUUCAGGGGUCUUGAGGCCUUAACAAAAGUAGACUUGCGGGGGAACCAUUUCACAUGUGACUGUAAGCUGAAGUGGCUGGUGGAGUGGAUCUACAACACCAAUGCCACCGUGGAUCAGAUUUACUGUAAAGGUCCGGCCUCGCAGCUGGACAAGAAGAUCAACGAUCUGGUGCCGCAGUCCUUCGACUGUAUCACCACAGAGUUUGCUUCCUACCAGUCGCUGAAGUUUGAAUCCAUAUCGGUGGAAGCGUUUUCCUUCGGGAAUGACCAGUAUGUCGUCUUUGCCCAACCAUUCAUCGGGAAAUGCAGCUUUCUAGAGUGGGAUCAUGUGGAGAUGGUCUUCAGAAACUUUGACGACAUUGACAGCACAUCCACGGUGAUCUGCAAACCUCUGGUCAUUGACAACCAGCUCUUUAUUAUUGUGGCUCAGCUGUUUGGAGGCUCACACAUCUUCAAGCGUGACACUUCCGCUAACAAAUUCAUCAAGCUUCAAGGCAUUGACAUCGUGAAGAUCCGCAAGCCGAACGACGUGGAGACGUUCCGCAUCGAUGGGGAGUCCUUCUUCGUCAUAGCAGACAGCUCCAAAGCUGGUUCCACUACCAUCUACAAAUGGAACGGUAACGGCUUCUACUCCCAUCAGUCCCUCCACGACUGGUACCGCGACACUGACGUGGAGUACCUGGAGAUCUCCUCCAAGCCCCACCUGAUCCUGUCCAGCAGCUCCCAGAGGCCCGUCAUCUACCAGUGGAAUAAAACCAGCAAGCAGUUUGACAGGCGCACCGACAUCCCAGAAAUGGAGGACGUUUAUGCUGUGAAACAUUUCCAGGUCAAAUCUGACCUUUUCAUCUGCCUGACACGCUUCAUCGGGGACUCCAAGGUGAUGCGCUGGGAUGGGGCCCUCUUUAGAGAGCUGCAGACCAUGCCCUCUCGAGGCUCCAUGGUGUUCCAGCCCUUCGCCGUGGGCAGCUGGCAGUACGCCAUCCUGGGCAGCGAUUACUCUUUCACCCAGGUGUACCGCUGGGAUGCCAAGAAGGGCGAGUUUGUUCGUUUCCAAGAGCUGAACAUCCAGGCGCCGAGAGCCUUUUCACCGGUUUCCAUAGACAACCGCCAGUUCCUGCUGGCAUCCAGUUUCAAAGGGAAAACUCAGAUCUUUGAGCAUCUGGUCAUUGAUCUGAGCAAUUGAGGGAUUCAAUUCCUUUUAUUGUUUAGGAGAAAAAUACUUCUCUAGAUUGAUAGGUUAUUUUUCGUGAUUUUUUUUUUCCUGUCUGAAAGAGGCUGUUUUAAGAGAUGCAGUGCCGAACAACUCAGCGAUGUUCCUAACAUUUUACUCCCACUCAUUUUUGAAACCUAUAGAAAUCCAUGCACGAUAAAUUUCAAGAUAAAAGCAUGUAUCUCGACCAAAUAUCUGUCUGAGAUCCGUGCAUCUCCAGUUAGGAUUAGAGCCAAUAUGUUGUCAAAUCAUCAAUGCAUGAAAAGCCCCGACACAGGCCGUCGGUAAUCCAUUCAAUCCAACAGAAGUUUUCUUUUUUUUUUGUGUUUGUGUGUGUGUGUGUGUGUGUGCUCAGCCUUUCAUGUCACUCAAGAAUGUUUAUACAUUUGUAGUCUCCUAUUUAUCUACAGAAAGCUAGAACUAAAGGUACUUUUUAACCUCCUAAUAUGUUGAACUAAACAAACCUGCCAAACUGAAAUGUUUACAUUUUUCUGUCUUUCCAUUUGUAUGCUACAAGAUUUGUAAAUGAAGUUUUGUAAGUUGAAGAGGGACCAUAGCAUUCAGAUUCAUAUUUGUUAAAAGGAUGCUUAUCAUUUGAGAAACAGAAGUAUUGUGUGAACGUCCGCCUAUAUAUCCGUGCAUCAUACGUUUUUAUUGAUAAAGGUUUGUAUAAUAUUUAAAGUAUUGAACAGGUUUGGGAACUAUUUUCAACUUUCAAGUCACUGAGAUGAAAAACUGAGGAUAUUGUUCAUAAUCUGUCUUUAACUAACAUGUAUGCAAAGUACAUCACUUGUGGCUAGGACUAAUAUGUUAUUUAGAGUCAAUAAAGAUUAAUAAUUCAACUGAGCUCCCUGCCUUGUGUAGAAUUACAUACAGUAGCUUCAGCUUGACAUCCCGCCUUGGUUGUUGUGGAAACGGUUUAAAGGUGAAUUUUGUAAUCAAGAAAAAUAAAUAAUUA